AGAUUAAAUGGCUGCAGGAACAGCUCAAAGACCACAUCGAGAAGGGGGGCGAGAAGGGCAUACCCGCACUCACAGCCACAGAGAAGGAGAGUGUGUUAGAAGACCUUACACCCUUAUUAGCGCUCAUGAAGGAGAAGCUAGCCGCUACCACGGACGCCAAGAAACAAGCCAAGAUACAGGACAUGCUGAGCAAGAACGAAGCAAUACACAAGGCUGUGGUAGAAGACAUGGAGCCCUCGCCGGGACUUCCACUGAGUCAGGGCGACCGUCUCAAAGCCGCGUAUCACAAACAACGCGAGCUGGAGAAGAUAGAGAGCAAGAGUGCGCAGACUAUUGAAGAGAUGCGACGGCUGCAGAACGAACUGCCUGCGGUGAAUGAGGAGAUAGAGACGCUGCAACAGAUGUCUCAGGAGAUAUUCGAGACAGAUACCGAGCUGGACAAGCGGGUGCGCGCGUUGAAGGCGACUCUGGGCGGUAGCAAGAAGAAGAAGGCACCGGCUAGUUCAGUUUUUGGGACUAGUGCCGCGAGUGGGGGGGGGUCUGGGUGGUCUACUGCGGGGGCCAAGAAAGGGGGCUCUGGCAGCCGAACUACUGGAGGAGCGAAGAAGAGUGGUGGUGGUAAUGCAUUUGCUGCGCUUUCUUUGGGCUAGAGGAUGCUAAUAAAGGGAAAAGGGAAUAAAUAGGAUAUUCGGAGUAUCCCUGAGCCAAUGACC